CCCUACUGUUGCAAUGAAAAAAUUGCAAUCAUUCUGCAGUGUUCUGCAGACAGGAGCUCGUAAGUCGUCAAACAAAAAAGUGCAGCGACAAAUAUCUGUAAAUUUUCAUAUGUUCCAUUUAGUUUUGAAAUAUUGAUGUCAGAACACACAGAAAGAACCUAUUUUAUUUCUGGAGUCAAAAUGGCGGAUGCUAACAAUGAAUUGAAAUAUACUUGGAUCAUAGAUUUUGAUGAACUUACGGAAACUGGAAAAUUAUAUGAGUCGCCAAUAUUUCUAGGAAAAGAUGAUGCAUUUAAGUAUCGACUGCUUAUAAGCAAACAUAAAAAAUAUAUUAGAGAAUAUGCUGAUGAAGUAGUAGAAUUCUUUUUCGCAAUGACAUUGUAUUGCUGUAAAAGCAAAAAAAUUCCACAGAACAAAAAAAUCACUAUCUCCAUCUUAGGCUCAAAAACUGAAAGGCUUUUGAUUGAUACCAAAAUAACGAAUGAAGAAACGGAAUCCUUCGUAGACUUUAAUGAUUAUUUGCUAAGUCGACUCACUGAUUGUGUAAACAAAGGAAUCGCGACAAUUGUAUGUGAAGUUACCGAAUGUGACGCAUUGGAAACGAAGGACAAAUCCAUUUACGCACCAUUUAUGGGUAAUGAGAAAUUCAGUGAUGUAAAAAUUCUGGUUGGAGGAGAAAAAUAUUCGGCUCAUAAAUUGAUUCUAUCAGCUAACAGUCCAGUAUUUUGCAAGAUGUUCUCUCAAAACAUGAAAGAGUCCCUGUCUGAUCUAGUGGAAAUCAAAGAUAUGGAUCCGAAGAUAUUCAAUGAAUUAUUGCGGUAUAUGUACACGGGAAAAGUUGAAAAUCUGGAAUAUCAUCCUGAAGAAAUUCUAAAAGCCGCCAAUAGAUAUAAAGUGGAAGAUCUUAAAUUUACUUGCGAGAAACUCCUUACCACGAAAUUGAUGGUUCCCAAUGUUGUGGAUUAUCUUAAGCUGAGUGCAGAUUAUAAUGCAGCUUUUUUAAAGAACUACUGCUUCGUAUUUAUCAAAAAGCAUAUCCAAGAGUUUGUUAAAAUAAAUGGAUUCGAAAGUUUAGUAGAAGCGCAUCCAAAAGUUUCGGUGGAAUUGUUUAAUAAAAUUUGUUUAAAGUAACUAAAAGUUUUAAUUGAAAUAAAAAAAUACUUAUGUCACUAGA